UCGAUGCAGAGCACAACCUCUCCAUCACCUCUCAGCAUGGGGGACGAAGACUAUGCUUCAGAUUAUUAUUACUAUGAAAAUGAGACUAACAUUACUGAGAAUGACACUUAUGAAAAUGGCUGUGGUUUCUCAGCCCUGCCCGGCUCCCACAUUUUCCUGCCCACCAUGUAUUACCUGAUAUUCUUCACUGGAUUCUGGGGCAACAUCUUUGUGAUCGUGGUGGUGGGAAGCAAAGGCAAAAGAGCGGGUCGCCUGGUGGACAUCUUCGUCUUGAACCUGGCCAUGGCUGACCUGGUCUUCGUCCUCACGCUGCCUCUUUGGGCCAUCUCUUCCAGCCAGAAGAACGGCUGGGACUUUGGGUUUCCCAGCGAGUUCCUGUGCAAGCUGAGCAGCUACAUCAUCUCUGUCAACCGCUUCUCCAACAUCUUCUUUCUCACCUGCAUGAGCAUUGACCGCUACCUGGCAAUAGUGAAGAUGAUGGAUUCAAGGUACCUCAGGAGUAGUAAGUGCAUCCGCAUUACUUGUGCUGGGCUCUGGAUCAUCUCUGGCAUCCUUGGCACUCCCUCUCUGAUCUACCGAAAAGUGGCGCCAUCUGCAGGCGGUCAGUCCUGCCUCGAAGAUGAAACUUUGGUGCUCCUGAUCGGGAUGAAUCUGGGCAUGGUGUUCCUCACGUUCAUCUUCCCAGUGCUGAUCAUCAUGGUCUGCUACGGAACCAUCAUCAUGCACCUCAACAGGCACUGCGCCGCUGCUGGGAACGCCCGAGCCGAGGCUCGCCGCAGACACUCACUGAAGAUGGUCCUCUGCAUCAUCGUGGCGUUUGUGGCGACCUGGCUGCCCUACAACACCUUCAAGUCCAUCAAAAUCAUUUUCUAUCUCUCAGAAGGCGAUCUGAGAUGUAAAGCAUGGCUGCACAACGGGUUCCUCAUCUCCUGCUGCCUGGCUUUUCUCAACAGCUGCGUGAACCCGGCCAUCUACUUCUUCUUGGACCACCACUUCAGGCGACGGGCGAAGUUCCUGCUCCAGAGCUGUAUCGGGAAGACAAAGAUGCUGCAGAGCUUCAACUCCUCUGCUUCUAUCACCAACCCUGGCACUUCUGAGACCUAUGCGACAAAUGGUGGGCGAACGCAGAUUCAGAUGUCCCUGCAGGAGGAGAACAAGUCAUUCGUUACCUUCUAAAAGUCCAGCAGAGGUGACGUCACUGUUUUAUAUUUCAACUAAAAUCUAUCUGACAACCAUACGCAAUUUUAUUCUUUUUUUUAUUUUUAUUUUAGCCUCUGCUAAUUUUCUCCUGUAGAGCCCUGAGGUAUUACAGUAAAACAUUAAAAAACUCAUCUUUCUGUUUGUUUGUUUCUGAAAUACUUGUUUUAUGUUUAAUUGUACAAUUUUUAAAUUCUUUUUUUUUUCUUUUCUUUUGACUUCCUCAUCUAAGAAAAUGCUGUUAAUACUGCUUAUGCUGGAUGGCAGUGCAUAACUCGGCUGUUUAUUUUUUGCAUGUUGCAUUAUUAUUUUAGCAUUAACAAUACUAACAAUAAUUCCUAAUCAUAACAUUAGCUUCGAAUCAUUAGUAUUUUUAUGUUUUUGGUAAAACUUUCAAGUUUUGUAUUUUUCUGAUUCAUCUUCUGUUAUAAAACUGUGAGGAUUAAAGUUUUUUAUGCGGGAAAUAAAUGUGUAAGAAAAAAAAUAUGUUUUUCCCAAUUUGCAACACUUUUUUUAAUAAAUUACAGUGAAACUGA